GUAAAUGUGCGUGUGUCCAAAUAUGGCGUAUGGAUCAGUAGAGAUGUGGACUCGGCUACAGUUGAUCGAAUACCUCUUGUGAAUAUCGUGUUUUCUGUGGCUUACAAUGACGGUGAUAACAGAUUCAACGUGGCAAUGAUAGUGAAAGCUCGUCAGUAUGAACCUGAGUACAAGUGCUACGUAUUCCAAUGUCGCUCCAUGCGAGAAGCAGACGAGUUUCUGAGGAAAAUCGACCAGCUGUUCAAUUCAAUGGUAUGGUAUAAAUCUAUUCGGCCUGUGGUGCUGGCCGCUUCUGCACUAGCCUAUGGUGCCAACAAAGCAGCAUUAUUCGACGAUGGAGGCAAGAAUGAACGACGUCCCUACGAUGCAGUGCUUACCAUGGAAGAGAAAAGAAAGAAAGCAAAACAAGCGAUAAAACGACAAAUGGUGAAUUUUUGUUUGGUUGUCUAG